AUGUUGGAAUGCCUUGUGACUCUAUGCUUUGUGAUCCUGGUGGCCUUAAUCUGGUCGGGCUCCAAAUAUUUUGGCACCGAGAGCCCGCCGGCUGCAUUGCUGGUUUCACAACAGGCAGCCAAGGACCAGACCAGGUUGUGCGUCUUUGACCGACAGGGGAGCGACGAUGCCCAGGCGGCCGCGACUGAUCAGAAAGCAGGCGCCGUGGCACUAAUCUGCAAACCGUGUUGGCCCUACGACAGUCCGGUCCAGUUUGUGCGGGACAACCUGCAGCUGAGUGAUGAUGGGCUGGUGGCCUUGGACUGGGCAGUGCCAGCCUACCAGAAACGACGCAGGACUUCCAGUCACUCCACCAGUCCAGUUCUUCUCAUUAUCCCGAACCAUUUGGGCAAGAUCACUAGAAAUGUGUUAAAGCUAUGUGAAAUGGCACUGUCCGAUGGCUACCUUCCAGCAGUUUUCAAUCGCCGCAGCCACAACAGCACCCCACUCACCACCCUCAAACUGCAGCAGUUUGGCGACCCUGCUGAUCUGCGCGAGGCUGUGCGCUACAUUCGCUACCGGCAGCCUGCAGGAAAACUGUAUGCAGUGAGCGAGAGCACUGGGUCAGGCCUUCUCCUGUCUUAUCUGGGGGAGUGUGGAUCUUCGAGCUACAUGACGGCAGCCGUCUGUCUGUCACCCGUGUUUCGCUGCCAGGGCUGGUUUGACAACGGCCUGUGCCGGGCCCUGCAGUGGGCAUUGGUGCUGUACCAGAAGAUAUGUCUGAGCAGAUACAAGACAGCGCUGGGUGAGACCAUACAGACAGACACCCUGUUUUCUAGCUGUUCUUUGCGUGGCCUGGAGGAGGCACUGUUCUGUCAGACUGGACAAGCGGGCUCUGCACCAGCAGCAGCAACAGGGACCAGCAGUUACAGCAACACUUCAAGUACCUGGGAUGGAUACUGGGAACACAAUGAACCCUUAAGAGAUGUGGACGAAGUGGCUAUUCCCGUUUUGAGCGUGUGUGCGCAGGAUGACCCUGUCCGUGGUGACACACUAUCCACCGUACCCUUCGAGCUCUUUGAGACAAACCCACAUUUUUUUCUCCUCUUAACUGAGCAUGGAGGUCACUGUGGAUUCACCACCCAGUCUGAUGGGAGUACCACUGGUGCACUGGGUGAAGUCGGUUCUGCAGUUGCACCAAACAGCGGGAUGGGGAGUCAUGGGACAAACUGGAGCCACAGAGCUCUGUUGGAAUUCUUCAGGGCAACCACAGCCUUCUUCACUGCUGAGGAGAGAGUGAAGCAGCUUGCUGCAAGGAGGAGGGGGCUGGGAGGGGGCGCAGGAGGCAGGGUUUUCCGCCAUCGCAGUGUCAGCACAUGUAAACAAGUGCCGGCAUGUUCCCAUAAUAUUCAUGCUAUUUACAAUUGUCAGAGGUCCUAUACACGAUGAGGGAGUGUAGUGGAAAGUAAUGGACUAUAUGGUAACUGUGCUUUCUGAUAUUGCUUGGGUUUGGGUUGAGAAGGACUCAGCUUGUUCACAUGAAGCAAGUCAUUUUAAGGCCCUCGAGUCUGCUUUGAAAUUUGAACUAUAAAUAAAGAAAAAUAAAAGCUGACUGCCUGUGUGGCACUUAGCUCAUGGGCAGGGCCAUCGAGUGGCCAGCAGUGGCACUGGCCAAUCCCAGAAUCUGAUUGG